UGUAAGCACUUUGAGCAGGAGAACGGAAGGAGCGAUCUCACGCAAAGUGGACUAUCCGUGCUCGUGAUUGAUCCUCAAGACUGACAUGCAACUUGGAGCGAGUCUGAUUCCUCCGCGGCCAUGAGCAUAUGGCUGGAACGCUUCUCCGCACCAUCGCGUGAGCAAACAACUUCUCCAAACCCGAAUCGACCGCACCCUGCGUCGCGACGAUCUGUCCAGCUUGGUCCGAGUACACUUCCUCGUCGACCUGGCCUUCAACCACGAUCUUCAUCCCUCUCAGUGGCCUCGCUCAUUGGAUCUACUGAAAGCCUCCCGUCGAGUGCAAGAGUUCCGAGUGGUUCAAAUCUGAGAGAACAGCUGGCUGGUUCAGCAAACGAAGUCGCAGACCCACUCGCUGUAUUGGAGCAGAUUCUUGGUCCGAGCAGAAGUCAAGGAGAAGAUGGAGAGACAAUAGAGGACCGUGUCGCAAUUGCAGAUGGAAUCGACCUCGGGGGACUUGACCUGGAGGAAUUCGCCAACAUAUCUCCUGAUGGAAAAGCGUUGCAGAAUGGCACAGGCAAGACUGAGGCGAUCGACGAUUUCGAGAAGGAGAAGGACAAAUUUGAAGACUUGCACAAGUCCAUUCUUGCCUGCGACGAGGUGCUCAAAUCUGUCGAGUCGUACUUGACGAGCUUUCAAGCUGAGCUAGCUGCUGUGUCCACAGAGAUCGAGACUUUGCAGAACAGGUCUACGACGCUUAACAACAGGCUUGAGAAUAGGAAGGCCGUCGACAAGGUUCUUGGUCCGGAAGUUGAGGCCUUUGUGAUUCCUCCAGGAGUUGUUCGAAAGAUCACUGAAGGGAUCGUGGACGAGCAAUGGAUCAAGUCUCUUCAAGAAGUGGAGAAACGGUCGAAAUCGAUAGAUGCAAAGAUCAAGGAGGGCAAAGAUAUCAAGGCGGCGCAGGACGUUCAGCCAUUCAUCGAAGAUGUUUCCAACAAGGCGGUAGAGCGGAUUCGAGAUUAUGUCGUUGCUCAGAUCAAAGCCUUGCGAUCUCCCAGCAUCAACGCACAGAUUAUUCAACAAAACAGCUUCCUACGAUAUCGGGAUGUGUUUGCAUUUCUGUCGAAGAAACAGCCCGAACUUGGCGCGGAGAUUUCGCAGGCCUACACGAAUACCAUGCGAUGGUACUAUGUGCACAACUUCACAAGAUACAAGGCCGCACUGGAGAAGCUCACUGUUCACAUCAUCGACCAGACUGAAGUACUUGCGGCGGAGAGCGGCGUGAAGAGGGGAGGCAAAAGUGCUGCACCUCAUGACGCGUUUUCCAUCGGCCGACGAGUGGACAUUCUGCGGACUGCAAAUGACACUGCCUUACCUUCUUUUGCGGCAGAAGACGACAAAGGCACGCAUUAUUUGGAGGUACCAUUUCGAGCUCUCAACCUGGCGUUGGUAGACAAUGCCUGCGCUGAGUACUCGUUCCUGGCCGAAUUCUUCACGAAACAGCCAUUCCAGACGACCAAUCGCAGAUUCAACGAGAUCUUCCAGCCAACUUUCGAAUUGGGUCAAAGUCUGACGAAGCAGCUCAUCGAGCAGACACAUGAUGCUCUCGGCGUACUCACGUGCGUCCGUCUGACUCAACACUUUGCAUUUGAGCUCCAGCGACGCAAAGUGCCAGUAGCGGAAGGCUACAUCAAUGGCACGAACAUGAUCCUCUGGCCUCGCUUCCAGCAAAUCAUCGAUGCGCACUGCGACUCGAUCCGCAAGGCUACGGCAUCAUUAUCUGGCAAACCAACAGGCUCGGCCUUGACAUUAACGUCAAGCUCAAGCGCGUCGAAUACUGCACCUCAUCCGUUGACGCAGCGCUUCGCCAACUUCAUUCAAGGCAUUCUCGCAUUGAGCAGUGAGGCAGGGGAUGAUGAGCCGGUGGCGAAUAGUCUGGGAAGACUGAGAGGAGAUUUCGAAGCGUUCUUAAUCAAACUGAGCAAGGGCGUUGCCGAAGUGAGGAAGCGGGAGAGAUUUUUGUUCAACAACUAUUCCUUGGUCUGUACGAUUAUUGGCGAGACUGAGGGGAAGUUGGCGGAUGAAGUCAGGGAGCAUUUUGUGGAUCUUCGCGAUGGCUUGGGGAUAGAGUCGUAG